GCAACGGCAGCUGUCUGCUGAUCCGGGCAUCGCACAGUCGAGCUCGACGCACGCGCCCCGGCGAACAUGAGACGCUGACACGCAUCACGCACGGCUCCAAAACAACAACUUGGGAGACGGAUUCGGGAACGUUUGCGGUGGUGUUUUGUUCACUUUGCGGUGGUGGGCGCGGGCGGCGAUGAACUCGUCGGGCGGUCGCCCCUCCGGGUGGGGCAGAAACCCCUUCGUGCAUACAUUAAAAUUCAGCUUGGCAGACAAAAUCAAGAUUGGACUGAUGUCUGUUACGGUGUUUCCAGUGCGACUGCUCUUGGUGUCCUUCCUCAUGCUGCUGGCGUGGCCCUUCGCCUUCGCGGCCUCGCUGGGACGCUCCGAGUUCGUCGUCGAGCCGCAGUCGUGGUGGAGGAGUUUCAUCGACCUUUCCUUGCGCGUGAUCAUGCGGGCCAUGUGGUUUUGCGGGGGUUUCCAUUGGAUUAAGGUGAAAGGGCAACGGGUGGCCCCCUCCGAGGCCCCCAUCAUCACCGUGGCGCCGCACUCCACGUACUUCGACGCCAUCCCGGUCACCUGCACCAUGUGCUCAAUAGUAACCAAACUGGAGAGCGGCAGUAUUCCCGUGUGGGGCAACCAGGACUCCAGGAAACAAACCGUCGAGGAGAUCAAGAGGAGAGCGCACUCCGGAGGGGCGUGGCCUCAGAUCAUGAUAUUUCCAGAGGGCACGUGUACCAACAGGUCGAGCCUCAUCUUGUUCAAGGCGGGUGCUUUCAUUCCAGGACUCCCGGUGCAACCAGCGGUUCUGCGGUACCGGAACAAGCUGGAUACAAUUUCAUGGACGUGGCGAGGGCCCGGAGCGUUCAAGAUCCUGUGGCUGACUCUGUGCCAACCUCACAAUAGCAUUGAGAUAGAGUACUUGCCGGUUUACACUCCGUCCGACGAGGAGAAGGAAAACCCGACGCUUUUCGCCAACAACGUCAGAAAAAUCAUGGCCGAAGCGCUGGAGGUGCCGCUCACAGAUCUGACCUUCGAGGACCGGGAGAUCACUUUUUCACACGGGCCCCUGCGUAUCCAGAACCCCAGCAGCCUGCUCGAGUUCAACCAGCUUUUGCGCCGCUUGGGGCUGAAGACCACAGAAAUCCUUCUGAAGGAGCAGGCCAGCAGAGCCAGAAAGCUGCAAAGACAUCAGCUGAGUUUGGAAGACUUGGCUUGCUUCCUCCACCUGCCUGUGACAGAGACACUCAAGCAACUUCACAGCCUCUUUGUUGAGGAUGAAGAGGGACACAUCGACAUCCGACACUUUGUUAUUGCCAUGUCUACCAUUUACCGGCCAUCAAGAUCAAUGGAGACCCUCAAGCUGGCUUUUGAGAUGUAUGAAAAUGAGGACAGCGGCGAGGUCCAUGAAGACGAGCUGACCUCCACGUUGGAAAUAAUGCUGGGGGUGAAAGAAGUCGAAUUAUCAAUUUUGUUUUUGGAGCUCGGUGAACCAGACACUGGGAAAAUCACAUACGACGAACUUCAUCAUUUUAUAGAGAAGCAUCCAUGCUUUGUCCAGGACUACCUUGACUUUAAAGAGCACCCACGCAAAUUCUGUGUCCGCCGACCCGACACUUGCAACGGUCAGAACCACGACAAAGACAACUGACAAGUUUCAGACAACUUGAUCUUCAGCAGCGCCUCUGCGACUUCGACGCCUUUGACAACAGCAAAACGGGUGGCAUAAUAAACACUGAACGGAAGGAAAGGAAGCGAACAACCUUGCACGGGAAGCGGCGUGCAUCACUUUCUGUCUCUUCACGAGACGUUUUACAAGUCUCGAAGCGGCUAUUUAUUUUCUUUUAGACUCUUUUUGUGCACCUUUUUCUGCUUCAGAUGAAUCAUGUAUCUCAGGAUAAAAGGUCUAGUUUUUUGGGAAUUAGGGUACAAAUCAACUUUAUAUUGCGGAGGGGAAAUGCAAAAGAGGUCCAAGUGACUGCCUUGUAAAGUUUUUAUAACGCGUAUAGAUUUUAUUUGAUGUUUUCAUGCUGGUUUCACUAUUUUGGAAUGGUAUAAAAAUAAGUUUUUCCUUUGGCUUUUGAAAGCAACAGCGUUUACGUUACAAAAAAAUUAAGUUUUUGUGGUUGCGGGGGGGCUUGUUUUGAAACGGAACACAGCUUUUUUUUUGUAUCGUGACUUCAAUGCAAAAUAAUGCAAUGACUGAUUUGGAAAAUUAAAUAAGUAAAUCUUCAAAAGUUUGAAGAUCCAAGUCUGUUUGGUUUAAAAAGUAAAAUUCGUUUUCACACAUUUGUUUCAGGGGUAGUUGGCAUCAGUCACCUCGCCUUGACAGUACUUAUUCCAUUUUUUAAAUUAUUUGCACAACAUGUGGUCCUCUUUGUAUGCCUUCACGAGCAACGUUUUCAUUGAGUCCACGUGGUGGCGCUAGCUCACCAAAUCCACCACAACACGAGACGCACGACUGCCCACCUGAUGGGCAGGAAAGGCAUUACCUCAUCCCCUUUUCCUUUCAUU